AAUUUAAUUACAAGAAAUACAACAGGCACCGUAAAAAGAAUGAGAGAAAAAAUAGAUUCUAUUGACGAAGCUUUGAAUCAGUGACUCGAUAGGUGGUUCGGUGAGUUCGUUUUACCGAGAUCGAAUCCUCCCACCCGAAAACAAGUACAUUAAUUAAUUCCUGCUGUACAACCAGCUUCCGACAGACGCCUACUGCGUUUCCACAGCAACUGACAAACCAUCUGCGAUUGCUAUUUAUUUCCAUUCUGUCCAUCCGUACAACGUAUUCAAACCUCGUUACGUUUUUCUCAUUCAUAGAUCUCCCCUUCACAUUUCAUCCUGCGCAUUUCAGCAGCACCUUGCUCCACAUAUUAUACUUGGAUUUAAUAUCUUUUUACUAUUAUUAUCAGCUGCUGCUACGACGGGAAAAUGGGCGAAUAUGUUUGAAGUGUGUGCCACAUCAUCCAGCUGUUGUUGUUGCCAUUCUGCCAAUCACGACCAAGAGAAUAGCUUCUUAUUACAAUGGACUCUAUUUCUCUCGCAUCAUCAAAGAUCUACUCUCCUGUCUUUUCAUCAAACGCCGAAAUCUCUUGCAAUACCCGGAACUCCUCCUUACCCAGAGGAAAUGUAUAUGGUGGCAUUCCUGUGAAUUUAUUGCUCAAUGUUAUUGGGUGGCUGGUUCUCCUUUUACUUUUCUCACUUCUGCGAAGAUUGGCCUGGGACUAUGGCAGAAUUGCACUGGUUAGUCGCAAUGAAGACAAUGAACCCGAGACUGAAACAGCAAAUACAUAUAAUGUGUGGACAACUUUAUUCUACUGCAGCCAUGAUCAAAAUAUGUCAGGCUCAAGUGAGUCUUUGGAUACAACAAUUCACUUACAAGAUCGGGGAUUUUGUUCAUGGAUUGCUGCAUUUAUACGAGUCAAAGAUGCAGAUAUUCUUCGCAAAUGUGGCCGUGAUGCAGUGCAGUACCUGUCAUUUCAGCGGUACCUUUUGGUCUACCUCUGUGUGAUAUGUACCCUCUCAACUGCUGUUGUGUUACCUGUUAACUUUCAAGGCAAUCUUGUUGGUAAUUCCACUGAUUUUGGCCACACAACAAUUGCCAACGUUGAUUCCAGUUCCCAAUUGCUUUGGAUCCAUGUUCUUCUUGCCAUAAUCUACCUAAUGAUUGCAGUAUUCUUCAUGCAACAUUUCUCUCAUAGUCUUCAAUUUGAAGAAGACGAUCAGGUUUCCAAGACUUUGAUGAUAUCAAAUAUUCCAAAAGAUAAAUGUUUCAAAAGCAUCGUAUUACAACAUUUUCAUUUGACUUUGGUUUGUUGCAGGCGAAGAGCUCUGGAAGCUAAAGUGAAUUCAGAAAAUGAAUACCAUAAAACUGGUCAAAGACCUACCCUUCGUCCAUACCACUGUGGUCAGUUUUGUUGUUGCUGUAAUAGAUGUGGAUGUCAAAAUGUCGAUGCUAUUGAGUACUACACAGAAGAUGAAAUGAGACUAAGCAAUAAAGUGGAGACUGAAAAAGUUUGUGCCUAUCAACGACCCCUAGGAAUGGCCUUCCUCACUCUUGCUACAGAUGUCAUGGCUGAAAAAGUACACCAAGAUUUCCAAGCUGUUUGCCAGGGAGUUCAUAAUUCAGCUGUAUCUAGUGUUAGUGAAGAGAUUGGUGUUGGCCAUUGGGAGAUCUCUUAUGCACCUUCACCUGGUAACAUUUACUGGGAAAACCUCUCCAUUCCUGUGUGGAACUGGUGGCUCCGAGUGAUCUUAAUCAACGCAGUUCUUACCGUACUUCUAUUUUUUCUUACUACACCAGCUAUCAUUAUGAACCAACUUAAUGAAAUUAAUUAUCAGAAAGCUUUUCAUGACUUACAUAAUGAGUUGUUGGUACAGUUUGUCCCUACAUUUCUUAUAUGGAUAUUAUCGGCUAUUCUACCUAUAAUUGUCUAUUACUCAGACCAAUAUAUUGGCUACUGGACGAGGAGCGCCGAGCACCAUGCUGUGAUGAGAAAAACUUUUAUCUUCCUUGUAUUUAUGGUUCUGAUAUUGCCUUCUUUAGGACUUACAAGUGUCAAAGCCUUACUUGAAUGGGCUGUAAAAGACAAACAACAUCGUUACAGAUGGCAGUGUAUCUUUGUGUCUGGAAAUGGUGCUUUUUUUGUAAAUUAUGUGAUAACAUCAGCAUUUAUUGGUACUGGUUUGGAGUUGAUGCGCUUCUCCGAACUAUUCAACUAUGGCAUCCGUAUAAUGUGUGCUCGUUCUACAGCAGAAAAAACUGCUGUGCGUAAGGCUGUUAUCUGGGAAUUUCAGUUUGGUUGUCAGUAUGCAUGGAUGCUAUGCAUUUUUUCAGUGAUAAUUGCUUACAGUAUUCCAUGCCCAAUGGUGACAACAUUUGGUCUAAUAUAUCUUGCCAUGAAACACAUGGUCGAUCGCUAUAAUAUAUAUUUUGCUUACAAGCCAUCUCGUAUCAACAAACACAUCCACACAACAGCCGUGAACUUUGUUAUAGUCUCUGUAAUCUUACUCCAAAUUGUUAUAGUAUUCUUCACAGCACUACGUCUAAGUAAGUACUUUGAUAAUUCUCUCAUUAAUAUUACUAAUUAUCGCAAAGGAGUGAUCUGCUCCAAUGGUAGAACACCUGGCAUGUGUGCAGGAAAUGCAGUUUUGAAUCCCACGGAAUUCCUUUGA